GGACGCUAGCUGCUGCAGCAAACAGCUGGUAACUUGCGGUGCAUGCUAACUACCCGAUGUCGGACAGGGGGCUGUGCCUGUGUGCCGAGACCACCAUCCUACACCUUCCAUUUGCUGCAGGACUGUCCAGUCAAAAUGAGCAUGCAACUUGAGCUGAAGAAUGUGAGUCUGAGGGCUGGAGAUCAGCUGAAAGUAAAGGGGACAGUUCUGCAUGAUGCUGACAGGUUCCAGAUCGACCUCGGCUCCGAUGCGGACGACCUGGCACUGCACUUUAACCCUCGCUUCCAUGACGACGCUGACGGAGCUGUUCUCGUUUGCAACUCAAAGAGCGCUGGUUGUUGGGGAGAUGAGAAGCGGGACAUACACAACCCCCUGCAGAGGGGCACAGAUGUCAAGAUUGUGUUGAAGCUGACUGGAGACAUGUUUGAAGUGGAGCUUCCGGAUGGACAGGAAGUCCAGUUUCCCAACCGUGACAGCAUGGAUGUCAUCAGCUACAUCAAGAUCGCAGGGGACUUCAAACUGACCUCCCUCAAGAUCUGCUAA